AUGUGGAUCGAGCCGCCUGAGGUUAAACCAGUUGUUAAACUGCUGAAGCAGACUCUAGUGGGGACUGGAGCGUCACUUGUUACCGGAGUUAUGCUAUUUAUCUUUGCUACGCCAGUGGAGAAUUUUCUUCAUUCUACCUUUACCAUAGAAGAAAGCAAAUCGACUCUCCAAACUACCAAGGUUAACAGGUUUAAUCUUAAGGAAAAGUUGCUUAAAUUGCCUGCAGGUGUGAAAGUCGAUGACAAACUUGCAGAUGCUACUGCAGAUGUUGCUGAUGGAAGACCAGUCUACUUAUCUUAUUUUGAGGUUGGAUAUCAGGGCGGAAACUCCGAAGCUUCGGUCGUAAAUGAGUGGUGGGUAGAAGGGAAGCGCAGGGGUCUUUGGUCUAUGAGGAGCAACUACUGCUUGCUGGAAGAAAAAAUGAGAACUUCUUCUUAA